UGAUUCGUUGCACAUUCCCUCUCCUCUCCUCUCCUCUUCCCGUCUCUCUCUCUCUCCACCUACGCAGCUACAACAAGACAAGCCACAUCUACAUGCAGUACGCCCUCACGCGCCACCACCACCACUAAACCAGAGAGAGGGGCAGACAGGAAGACAGAAUUGGCCUGCCAAGAAAACAAAAGAGAGAUCAAACCAAGAGGAGAAUUGGCAAGAAACACACACACACAGAGAGAGAGAGAGAGAGAGAGAGAGAGAGAGAGAGAGAGAGAGCAAGGCAGGAAGGGAGGGAGGGAGAGAUGGGGAUGCGGGUGCCCGGGUGGGUUGGCGGCCUGGUGGAGGAGAGCUUCUUCGUGGGGUGCGAGACGCACGAGAGCCGCAGGAAGAACGAGAAGAACAUCUUCUGCCUCGCCUGCUGCACCAGCAUCUGCCCGCACUGCGCCCCCGCCCACCGCCACCACCCACUCCUCCAGGUGCGGCGAUACGUGUACAAUGACGUCGUCCGCCUGGGUGACCUCGAGAAGCUCAUCGACUGCUCCUAUGUCCAGCCCUACACGAUCAACAGCGCGAAGGUUAUCUUCCUGAAGCCGAGGCCUCAGUCCAGGCCAUUCAAGGGAUCUGGCAACGUCUGCCUCAAGUGUGACAGGAUCCUUCAGGAGCCCUUCCACUUUUGCUGCCUCUCAUGCAAGGUGGAUCAUGUGGUAGAGCAGGGAGGGGACCUGUCCAACAUCCUGCUGUAUCGCGCCGGCGACGAGCUCCCUUUCCCGCGCUUCGAGAACCUCCACAUGGGCGACGCCGACUCUGGGCAGGUCACCCCGAACUCGAUCCUCGAGAACCCGCUGCACCACCGCAACGGGUACGGCGGCGGCAGCGGCGGGUCCAGCGACAAUGCCGGCAACGGCAAUGGGCAUGGCGGCGGCGAGCCGGCGGUGGUGAAGAGGAAGAAAGGGGGAGGGUUCUUCCCCAAGAUGGUGCUGUCACUGGGCAACAGGAGGAAGGGUGCACCCCACCGAUCCCCCCUAGCCUGAGAAUUCCCUCGUUUGCAAGCCCCACCCCACCCCAACCCCAACCCCCCCCCCCCCCCCCCCCCCCUAUAUAUGUGUCAUCAUGCUGUUAAUUAGUUACCGUAGCUAGCCAGUGUUAGUCCCCUAUUGGUGGUCGUAGCUGGAGCAUUAUAUUAGUAGCGGUGUGUGUGCUAUAGUCCUAUGGUUGUUAGCCUAGCCAUGUAGAGAGGGAGAGAGAGUGUGUGUGUGUCUGGUUGGUUUGGGAGGGGCCUGAUGGCAUGGAGGGCCACUUGUAGGAGCCAUAGCUAGGCGAGAAAGUGUUUUGGUGAGAAAGAGAAGAGAAGAGAAGAAGAGAGAAGGAUGGAUGGGGAAAGCGGUUCCCCCUGUUACAUGGCCUAGGUAGGCACGGGUCCUUGUGCGGGGCCCAUAAUGCAUGCACGAGGGCAGGCAUGCAGGCUCCCCACAAGGGUGGCUACCAAUUUUGUAUUACGAUGUAACAGGGGCGUCCGCACCCCCUAACUAUAUGUAUACACCCCCCCAUAUAUAUGUGUGAAUUGUUGAUGUUUUUGUA